AUGCCGACGUACCUUGUGCGCUUGGCGCAGGCGCACGAGUCCUUCCGCACGGCGGAGCUGCGCGCGCUCGCUGAGCUGGCGGGGGUGGAACUGCAGAUGGAACGGUAUGAGGAUGAUUCGCCGUACUGCAUCGUCACCCUCCCCUCGGACGCCGCCGCUCGAACCCUCGCCGCCCGCGCCGUGCUGGUGCAAGCCAUCUACGCCCUCUGGGGCCAGGGCGACACAUACGACGCGCUGCGGUCCGACGUGCGACAGUCUUCAUCCGCGGAAUGGGCCGCGUACGAACACGCCUCGUUCAGCUUCCGCAUUGAGCGGUACCGCGGUGUGCAGGCGGCGCCCGAGCACAUCCGCGCCAUCAUCGAGUCGUUUUCGUUCCUGGGGUUCAAGGGGCGCGUGCAGAUCAAAGACGCCGAGGCGCGGUUCCGCAUCUUCGAGGAGUACGCGCUCGACGCGCGCGUGCCCGCGCGACUGUAUCUGGGGCGGUGGAUCGCCGACUCCGGGCGCAGCGCGCGGCACGCGUACGACCUCAAGAAGCGGCACUACAUCAGCACGACGUCCAUGGACGCGGAGCUCGCGCUGGUGACGGCCAACAUCGCGCUCGCGGCGGGGGGCAAGCUGUUCUACGACCCGUUCAUGGGCGCCGCGGGGUUUCCGCUGGCGUGCGCGCACUUUGGCGCCGUGGUGACGGGGUCCGAUAUCGAUGGGCGCAGCAUCCGCGGGCUGGGCGGCAGCGCGCGCCGCGGACAGACGGGGCCCAAGAACGUCGCUAUGAACUUCGACCAGUACGGCACCGCGGCGCAGUACCUCGGCGGCUUCGUGGCGGACCUGACAAACUCGCCGCUCCGUGUCGCGUCCCAGACUCCGUGGCUCGACGGGAUCGUGUGCGACCCGCCCUACGGCAUCCGCGAGGGUCUGAAGGUGCUCGGUCCACGAACACCACUCCUCGCAUCACAGCUAUCGACGCACGCCGCGCAGAGCCAGGCGGAGGGCUACGUGCCGCCGAAGCGCCCGUACUCGUUUACAGCGCUGCAGCACGACAUCCUGGCUUUCGCGGCCGCGACUUUGGUCCCGGGGGGGCGGCUGAGCAUGUGGGUCCCGACCGCCAACGACGAGGACGUCGAGCUCGUCAUACCGUCGCAUCCCUGCCUGGAGCUGCACAGCGUGUGCACGCAGCCGUUCAACAAGUGGAGCCGACGACUGCUCACGUACCGCCGGCGAGCCGCGGGUGAGGUCGACGCCGACGCACUUGGGCGGGAGGAGAGGGAACCGGGGCAGGAGAAGGCGCACGAGACGGGCACGCGGGCCAGCGACCUCAACGACUUCCGGCGCAAGUACUUUGAGGGCUUCCGCGAGUUCGAGGACAUGAAGAAGGAGUUUAUCCGCAUGAAAGCCGCCGAUGCGGCUGCGGCUGUGGCCCAGGACGAGGUGGUGGAGUCGACGUCGCAGCAGGCGUGA